ACUCAGUCACUGGAAUAAACCGACGUUUUUUUUAACGUCAACGCUGUUAUUAACCGGCUAAACUAACUAGCAGCUAACCGUAGUUAGCUCGUGUGGAGUUAUAACCUCUGUUCCUGACAAGUGCAGUUAAUUGCAGCCAUGGUGUUCAUGCAGAGCUACUGUGAGACCAACUCGUCCAUCUCCCACACCUGGGUGGAUGAAGGAAUCUCGCCCUGCUUCUACUUCACCCUGGUCCCCACCAUCCUCCUCACCAUCGCCUUCUUCCUCGGCACCGUCCACUGCGUCUGCUUCCAGAAAUAUGGCACGGCGAUGGAGCCCAAGUUCAUCCCGCGCUCGCGGCUCUACGGCUUCCAGCUGGCCGUCUCCGUCCUGCUCCUGGUGCAGUUCCUGGGCGGCACGGUGUGGCGGGCGGCCACGGCUGCAGGAGAGCUCCCGGCUUACGUGGUGCUAUACGGCUGCUUCUCUGCACUGAGCUGGGUCUGGGCCACGGUUCUGCUGCGGGUGGAGAGACGUCGAGUCAUGGUGAUGGACCGCACCAGAGGACACAGCACCUUCCUGCUGCUGUUCUGGGCCGUGGCUUUCUCAGCCGAGAACUUGGCCUUUGUCUCCUGGUACAGUCCUCACUGGUGGUGGAAGCUGGAGAACACUGAACAGCAGGUGCAGUUUGGCCUGUGGCUCCUCCGCUACACCGGCACCGGGUUGCUCUUCUUCAUCGGCCUCAAAGCUCCCGGGUUGCCACGGCGACCGUACAUGCUCCUGAUCAACGAGGACGAGCGGGACGUGGAGAACAGUGUACAGAGUCUGCUGGGCGGCACAGACCCAAACCAGUCCACAUGGCAGGGUUUCAAACAUAAGGUCCGCCUGCUCGUCCCGUACAUGUGGCCGCGAGGCAACUUCGUCCUGCAGCUGCUCGUUGUCUUCUGUUUGACGCUGCUGGGAGUCGAGAGGGUGAUUAACGUCUUUGUGCCCAUUUACUACAAGAACAUCGUGAACGGACUCACGGACGGAAGCAGCUGGCACUCUGUCGCCAUGACAGUGUGCGUUUAUGUCCUGCUCAAGUUCCUGCAGGGCGGAGGGGCAGGAACCUCGGGCUUUGUCAGCAACAUGCGCUCCUUCCUGUGGAUCCGCGUGCAGCAGUUCACCAACCGUGUGGUGCAGGUGCGGCUCUUCGCUCACCUGCACUCGCUCUCGCUGCGCUGGCACCUGGGACGCAAGACGGGCGACGUGCUGCGGAGCAUCGACCGCGGCACCUCGUCCAUCAACAGCCUGCUCAGUUACCUCGUUUUCAGCAUUUUUCCGACCAUCGCCGACAUCGUCAUCUCCAUCGUCUACUUCAUCACGUACUUCAACGCCUGGUUUGGCCUCAUCAUCUUCAUCUGCAUGACCCUGUACCUCACUUUGACCAUCAUCAUCACUGAGUGGAGGACAAAGUACAGACGAGAAAUGAAUCAGCAGGACAACAACGCCAAGUCCAAGGCUGUGGACUCCUUGUUAAACUUUGAGACGGUCAAAUACUACAACGCAGAGGGCUACGAGGUCGGGCGCUUUGAGGACAUCAUCUUAAAGUAUCAGGCGUCGGAGUGGAAGACCCAGGCGUCGUUGGCGUUACUCAACCAAACGCAGAACCUGAUCAUCGCCUCGGGCCUGAUGGCCGGCUCCCUGCUCUGUGCCUACUUUGUGACUGAAGGAAAGUUUAAGGUGGGAGACUUCGUCCUCUUUGGUACGUACAUCAUCCAGCUGUACACGCCCCUCAACUGGUUUGGAACCUACUACAGAAUGAUCCAGAAUUCUUUCAUCGACAUGGAGAACAUGUUUGAGCUGUUUGAGGAAGAGGAGGAGGUGAAAGAUGACGUCAAUGCGGGGAAUCUUCUCUUCAAAGACGGAAAAGUGGAGUUUGAGAACGUGUUCUUCAGCUACGCGAGCGGCAAAGAGAUUCUGAACGACGUUUCCUUCACCGUGCUGCCGGGACAAACUGUUGCUCUGGUGGGACCGUCGGGCUCUGGGAAGAGCACCAUCGUACGACUGCUCUUCCGUUUCUAUAACAUUCAAGGAGGCUGCAUCCGCGUCGAUGGACAGGACAUUUCAAAGGUGAAGCAGUCGUCGCUGCGCGCUCACAUCGGCGUGGUUCCUCAGGACACUGUGCUUUUCAACGACAACAUCCGCAACAACAUCCGCUACGGCCGCAUCACUGCCAGCGACCAGGAGGUGGAGGAGGCGGCCAUCGCCGCAGAUAUCCACGAUAAAAUCAUGGCCUUCACUGACGGUUAUGACACACAGGUGGGGGAACGAGGUCUGAAGCUCAGUGGAGGAGAGAAGCAGAGGGUGGCCAUCGCCAGAACAAUCCUCAAAGCACCGCAGAUUAUCCUCCUGGAUGAGGCCACGUCAGCGUUAGACACUCAUACGGAGCGCAACAUCCAGGCUUCCCUGGCGAGAGUGUGUGUCAACAGAACAACUAUUGUUGUCGCUCACAGGUUGUCGACGAUCAUCGGAGCAGACCAGAUCCUGGUUGUGAGUCAGGGUCGCAUCGCCGAGCGAGGACGUCACGAGGAGCUGCUGCUGAAGGAAGGCCUGUACGCAGACAUGUGGAUGAAGCAGCAGCAGGCGCAGGAAUCUGACUCCUCGUCCGACACGGAAACCAAAGACCGUGCGUCCGAGAAACUGCAGCCGCCGCCGCCGCCGUCAUCGGGCCACCACCACUGAGCUUGAUGUUAUUUUAAUGAUAGAAGGUGCCUUUAAACUUGAGGAGGAAAAGAAGAUUGGCCGUUUUUAUGGCCUAGAUUUUUAUGUUGGAACAGGAGCAAACAAGUCAGGCUUUAAUGUCCCAAGUUUGUUUUUUUUAAAUAUUAAAUAUGCUUUUGUUGGGUUUGUUGUGGCUUGUUUAGACAGAAAAGGCAACUUUGCACAGUUAUUAAGGGAAUAAAAACACUAUUUAUAGACUCAGCAGUGUGUAUUUUUGUGCCGCUGUGAGGCAAGUUAUUGUUUUCUCUCGGAUUUAGUCAGGGAUUUUAUUCAACUUUUGUUUUUAUAUUUUUGGCUUUUGCCGUAAUUUAAGGUGGUAUUUUUCGUAGCGUGAUGCAUUUGAUCACGGAGAAAGAGUGUUGUAGAAAUUGUUGAGAUGAUUAAAAGUUGUACAAUCAAUACAAUCAAUGUCCUCCUGUUAUAUCCGUUACAGACACUAAAUUAAAGCUGCAGUAGGCAGGAAUGCUGGAGGAAAAACUGCUGAUUUUAAAGGGUUUUGGGGAUCACGUCGCUCUCUUUGAACUGUGCUGCUAUUGGUCAAAGUCUCGCGUGAGAAAGAAAAUCAGGCUUGAUUUCAAUGACACUGAAAAGCUAUUGAUUAAUUACUGAUCAAUUACAACAAAAAUAUCCUGCCUACUGCACCUUUAACACGCCAUUAUCAUCCCUCUCUAUGUAAUGUACAAGUAUAUAUAUAUAUAUAUAUAAAUAUAUGUGUAUACUCUUUAUAAGAAUUUCAAUAUUGUUCAUCUUUAUUACAUUUUGUAAUUUGUUGUUUUUCUCAAGUCUGUGAAGUCAGAAAAUACUAUCCAUAUUUUUGGACUCUGGGUCUGGAAAUAAUAAGAAUGUAAAAAAACAACAUAAAUGAUGUUAUUUAUCACAAAUGUAUAAAAAGUAUCUCUUGCGUUAUUUUUGGUUCGGACAAAGUCAGAUGUGCACUGAAAUACACUUUGUACACUUUGUGUUUCUACGUCGUCAUUGUAUCUUUGUGAAACCCUUUUCAAAAUAAAAUAAAGCCAUACAUGUUUUAAAGUUUAA